AUGGACCAGGCCGAGCCUCCUGUUCCGGGCUCGUCCGAGCAGCCGCCGGUCCAGGGCGAGAAGCGCACCGCCCCCGAGGAGCCAAAUAUCCCGUCCGAGGCCAAGCGGAUCAGGACUCACCACGAGGACACCCCAGAGCUCGAGAUACACUCCUCCCCGUCCAGCCGAAGAAUUCCCUUUCCUGAAAAGGCAUGCCCCAAAGAACGCAAUGGCGAGAUUGAAUUCCGCGUGGUGAACAAUGACGGCGCUACGGACAGCAUGAUUAUACUGACUGGCCUGAAAUGCCUCUUCCAGAAGCAGCUGCCCGAGAUGCCUAAAGAUUAUGUCGCACGGCUUGUAUACGAUCGCACUCACCUGUCCCUCGCCAUCGUGAAGAAGCCAAUGGAGGUCAUCGGCGGCAUAACAUACCGUGAGUUCCGCGCGCGCAAGUUCGCCGAGAUCGUCUUUUGCGCCGUCUCGUCCGACCAGCAGGUCAAAGGGUAUGGAGCCCAUCUCAUGGCGCAUCUGAAGGACUACGUCAAGGCCACUUCGCCGGUGAUGCACUUCCUGACCUAUGCCGAUAACUAUGCCACGGGAUAUUUCAAGAAGCAGGGUUUCACCAAGGACGUCACUCUCGACAAGCCCAUCUGGAUGGGGUUUAUCAAAGACUACGAGGGAGGGACACUGAUGCAAUGUUCUCUACUCCCCCGGAUACGCUAUCUUGAGGUCGGGCGCAUGCUCCUCAAGCAGAAGGAGACAAUCAUGGCCAAGAUCAAGGCAGUGAGCAAAAACCACAUCAUCCACCCGCCUCCCGAGCAAUGGGCCAAUGGCAUCACCCCCAUCGACUCGCUUUCUAUCCCUGCCAUCCGGGCCACGGGUUGGUCUCCCGACAUGGAUGAGUUGUCGCGGGCGCCUCGCCACGGGCCUCAUUUCAACGAAUUUCGGCGGUUUCUGUAUCAAAUUCAAAACCACAAGCAGGCAUGGCCGUUCCUCCAUCCAGUAAACAGGGACGAGAUUCCCGAGUAUUACAAGGCCAUAACGCAGCCGAUGGACCUUUCGACCAUGGAGGAACGGUUGAUGAGUGACUUCUACACUGCACCGACGGACUUUGUGGCGGACUUCAAAUUGAUAUUCAGCAACUGCAAGCAAUACAACGAUGCGUCGACGGUGUACAGCAAAUGCGCGGUCAGGCUGGAGAAGUAUAUGUGGACUCUGAUCAAGGAAAUCCCAGAGUGGUAUCAGUUGCUUGAAGAAUGA